UGAACGGAGGGAGAGCAGAGAGAGAGGGAGGGAGAGCAGAGAGAGAGGGAGGGAGAGCAGAGGUGAACGGAGGGAUGGGCAGACCAGAUAGCUUUCAGUCUCCCUCUCCUCCCAUGCCAGUCAUCAACCACGUUUUCAGCCUGGCUCCAUACAAGGCUUACCUGGAGGCUGCUGGCAUGCUGGCUCCUCCUGUAAGAUGGUCUCAGACAACUGACCACCAGCCUUCUGGACACUGUGUGGUCAAACCUGAGACCCAAUCAGACCCUCACAGACAAUCAGACCUUCACAGACAUCAACACAGACAGGAAAUGGGCCCUACAUCUGACCCACACAGACCUGAGAGAGACCAUAAACAACAGGAAGAGAAGCCUGUAUCAAUCAAUCACAGGAUUGAUAACCAUGUAGCCUCAGAACAGCAGGGGCCUGUAGAAGAGCAGAGGAUUAUGGGUGCUGUAGUCGAGCAGAGGAUUCUGGGUACUGUAGUCAGAUCAGACACUCCACACAGGAAGCCUGUAUUGCCUGUUGUUAUUGAAACACAGCCGGAACCCCCUCAGAGGAUAAAAAUAGAGGAGAUGGAAACGCAGCAGGACCCAGAGAGGGAGGUGGAAGUGAAGACUGAUGAUGACGUGGAGACUAAAGUGGUCAAGGAGGAGGAGAUGGAAACGCAGCAGGACCCAGAGAGGGAGGUGGAAGUGAAGACUAAAGUGGUCAAGGAUGAGGAGAUGGUGGCAGAGACUGGUGUGUUUGUACAUGAUCUCGACGUGGAUGUUAUUAAGAAAUGUGAAUCUGAUAAACUGGACAGUAAAUUGUCAAUAGCGUCAGAUAAAUAUAUUUAUAUUAUGUCGGCUACAGAUGUGUCCAAAUACAAAGCAGAGAUUUCAAAUAGAUGUGUGAUGGAGGGAUCUUUUACUUACAACAUGCACCACCAUCAGCCACAACACCAUCAGCCCCAGCACGACCAUCAGCCCCAGCACGACCAUCAGCCCCAGCACGACCAUCAGCCCCAGCACCACCAUCAGCCCCAGCACGACCAUCAGCCCCAGCACCAGCCCCAGUCCUACCACCAACCUAACCACCAACAAUCCCAGCCCCUUCCCGAGCACUAUCCACCCAAUCCAUCCCAGGCCCAGCCCCAGCCCCACCACCAGCCCUAUGACCGAACCCCCACCCUACGUCCCAAAUCAACAACUCCACCCCAACACCUCUCAACAGGGCAUAGGAUGGUGGGAGCUUUCACCCAGAACAUGCACCACCCGCCCCAUUCCCAUUGUCAGGCCCAUCAUAAGCCCUAUGACCGGACUGCCGCACCACACCCCAAAUCAUCCACCCCUCCCCAAUCCCCCAACCCAGCCAACACCAAACUGAACCUUCAAAACAUCCCUCCUCAAUGUCUCAAGCUAACCACCUAUAAGUUCGUACUGCCAGAUAACAUGCUCCGAGGUAUUCCUCCCUCUCCACACUCUACAGAGGUCCCAGAGUCACCCACUGACCCUGCGGCUGUAGCCAAAUCCUGCCACCGCCCUCCUGCCCUUUCAGACAGCCUCUCCAGCUCCCGACCAGCCAGACAGCACUUCCUGGAGCUGCACCUCUCGCUGUGUAACCUGGUCUCCAGCUGUGUGUCCCACACCCCAGCCACAGAGCUCCAAACCUGGCUGUCCCAGCAGGAUAUCUAUCCUACCUCCACCACCUCCCCUCCACCCAAGGCCCAGAAGGUGACCUCUCUGCUGGGGUCCGGGGCGAGGGCGGUGUGCCUGAGGGGACCAGAGACCCAGGCUGCUCUCCAGAAGGUGCUCCAGAGACUGGGGCAGUAUGUAGCCCAGCAGCAGUGUCCCUUCCCCCAUGUGAUAAGGGCGGGGGCGGUGUUUGUUCCCAUGCUGGUGGUGAAGGCGCUGCUCUUCCCUCAGGUCCAGGGGGCCUACAUUGACCAAGUUCUCCAGGAGCACAAGGUGGAGUUGAGACCAACCACCCUGUCUGAGGAGAGACAACUGGUGACACUGCAGAAACGACCCUGCUCCUCCAAGCUACGCAGGCUCCUGUCACUCAAACACCUGCCGAACAUCUACCCUGACGUACUCAACCUCUACUAUCACAGCUGUGUCUGCAAGAGCCUGGAGUCGCCGUCACCUGAUGCUCCCCAAAAGACAGCCCAGGUGUAGAGGCGGUUGAUGCGGCCAGGACACCGGAAGGAGUGCUAUGUUCAGAGGACCGUUGGAAUAGCUCUGCCGGUGGGCUAUG